AUGAUAAUCCUCAAGCGAGCUGCUUUCGGCAGCUCCUUGUCCACCUGCUGCAAGAAUGCGGCGACAACCCGCGCCUUCGCCGUCCGCCAAUUCACAGUUUCCUCGCGCAGAGAAUCCAAGAUCGGGGGGAUGGUCCUCUCAAUACCGCCAGAAGUGACAUUUGAUGUCCUACCACCGACUCUUCGGAAAGGGAAAUAUGCAGACCUUGAAAAACCAUUUAAUGCUGUUAUCAAAGGACCAUUAGGUGAAUUGUCCAUGGAAAUCCCCACAUUCGUCGCGAUAGAACGGUCAGAAGACGGAGGCGCAGUGACCGUAUCCGUCGAGGAUCGCAAAGUCCGUCAUCAACGGGAGAUGUGGGGAACCACGCGAGCAUACCUACAAAAUCACAUAUUGGGAGUCUCCGAAGGCCACACAGCGAUUCUGCGCUUCGUGGGUGUAGGAUACCGCUCUUCUAUCGAACCUACCGCGACCACGGUAUCCUCAGAAUACCCAGGACAACAGUUCGUCAACCUCAAGGUUGGGUUCUCUCAUCCGGUCGAGCUUGGAAUACCCAAAGGCGUCAAAGCGAGCACACCCCAACCUACACGAUUGCUAUUGGAAGGGAUUGAGAAGGAGGUGGUCAUGUCAUUUGCGGCGAAGAUACGGAAAUGGCGGCCGCCAGAGCCAUAUAAAGGGAAAGGAAUAUUUGUGAACGGGGAGACGAUUCGUCUCAAGGCGAAGAAGAUUAAGUAA